ACUGUUCCCAUAAACCUGGGAACAGAAAACUUCCCAGCUAAGAUCACAUAAGACUUCACACAACUUAAUACUCUGCAUUGUGAUGAUCACAGAAGUCAAGGCCUCUUAAAGAAAGACAGCUCACACUUGCCUGCCUGCUACCAUCUUUUUAUCUCCCUCUUGACCACUCAAAACUUCAGUCUUCCUGCUAGUGCCUCCCUGACACCAUGGAAAAAGUCCAGUACCUCACUCGCUCUGCUAUCAGGAGAGCCUCAACUAUUGAAAUGCCGCAGCAAGCACGGCAAAAUCUUCAGAAUCUAUUUAUCAAUUUCUGUCUCAUCUUGAUCUGUCUCCUGCUGAUCUGCAUCAUUGUGAUGCUUCUGUGAAGUGCUGCUGCCACCUCCACAUCUGUAACAUGCCAGCUCAGCUUCAAACCCUGCACUCCAUCAAGAGGAGAAACAAUACAGCCUACUCCCUGCCCAGAACGUCUUUGUGAAGGUCAAGAUUAAGAGUGAAACAAAUUGUUAGCCAAUGUAUUCAUCUACUGGAUCUUGUAAACAAACUUUACAAUGACUAAGUAUGCAUGAUGUAGCUGCCAAUUUCCUCAAAAUGGCUCAUAAAUUUCUUUCCUAAUUACUUCUGACAAUGAAGUAUGAGUUUUAAUUUUGAAACAGCACUGCAAAAAAGUUCACUUUCUACAUCCAACACUAGUUUUACUGCUAAGAAGCUCACUUUAUAGCUUCAGUUUGAGGGAUAAAUGAAAUUUAUACUGCAUUACCAACACUUUUUUUUAAACAGGAACUAAGUAUUCUUCAGGUCUCCACAAAGUAGAAAAACAAUAAUUUAAGUGAAGUGUUCUUAUUCAAAAUAGCUCACUGAAUCCUCACAUGUAUGACUAUCAUUAUUAUUACUAUAUUAUUAUACAGAAGUCUUAGUAGCUAAUCUGUCAGAAUAAAUACCUUGAAAUAAAGAUUGUGCCUUUUAUCUAUACACUAAUAUUUUAAGCUUAUAAGAAUCAAAUAGGGAAAAGAUCAUAUCAUAUAAAUAAAAUUCCUUAUCACUAAGUUUUCUCAA